AUGGGAGGUAAAAAGCGUCAAGCGGAAGACACAGUCGAGGAUGAGGAGGAAGAGCAGGCCUUUCCCCGAGGGGGCGGCGACAAGUUUUUGACGCAGCUCGAGAAGCGGCAGCUUGCUCAGCAGGCAAAAGAUGAUUUUCAGGAGGAGCAGAAGUCUGGAGACAAGAAGCAAAAGAAGGCGAAGACCUCGGGCGGCAAGGAUGCAGAGGAUGAGUUCUUCUCUGGCGGCCUGGCGGGCAGCAAGGCCGAGCGCUAUGUGGAAGUGCUCAAAUACAAGGCAGUGGCAGUCGGCAUGAAGCUUUGGGGCAUGAUCCUUGAGUGCACCCCGCGGGGGCUGGUGGUUAGCCUGCCCCAGGGGCUGCGGGGUCACGUCGCGCCAGAGGAGGCCUCGGACGCCCUCAAGCAGAUGCUGGACCCCGCGUCCAAGCCCGGCGCCGCCAUGCGGAAAGCCUUCCCCGGCGGGCGCGCCCCGGAGCUCCCGGACCUCUUCUCUAUCGGCCAGUACGUGCGCUGCGUCGUCACCGCGUUGGGCAGCUCCGACGGCGACGGCGAGGGCGGCGGCAAGAAGGGCAAGGUGCAGCUGAGCCUGCGGCUGCGGCGGCUGUGCGAGGGGCAGGGGCCGGAUGCGCUGGCGGCGGGGCGGUGCGUGCCGGCGGUGGUGAGGAGCGCGGAGGACCACGUGUACACGCUGGCGUUUGGCAUCAAGGGCGUGAGCGGCGUGCUGCCCCGCAAGGACUAUGCGGCUUACUACGGGUCAGACGCGGCCCUCGUGCCCGGCCAGCUGAUCGACUGCGUGGUGACCAAGGCGCCCCAGGGGGAGCAGCAGGUGGCGCAGGUCACUGUCAGCCACGACGCGGUGGCCACCGCGACCGUCAAGGACGCGCCGGCAGGCGCGCCGGCCGGCGGCGGCGGCGGCGGCGGCGCGCUGACGCUAGGCGGGCUGCUGCCGGGUAUGCUUGUGAGCGUCAAGGUGCGGCAGGUCCUGAAGGACGGCCUGCUGGUGACAUUCCUGACUUACUUCAACGGCGUCAUUGAUUUGUAUCACCUGGCGGAGCCGAUCCCUGGGGAGGACUGGGCGGGGCGCUACCAGGAGGGGCAGAAGCUCAAGGCGCGCAUCGUGUACGUGGACUUUGCGGCCAAGCGCGCCGGCCUCAGCCUGCUGCCGCACCUCAUCAACUGCCGCAUGCCCUCGGCGGUGCCCCAGCUUGGGCAGAUUUUCGACGCCGCCGUUGUCCGCCGCGUGGACCCUGUGCUGGGCCUGCUGCUGGAGCUGCCCAUGGACCCCACCCCCGCCGCCGCGUUUGCCCACGUGUCGAACCUGGCGGACGGGCGCGUGGACAAGCCGGAGAAAUCAUUCAAGGCGGGGCAGAAAGUGAAGGCGCGCGUGAUAGGGUUCAGGCUGGUGGACGGGCUCGCGCUGGUGUCGCUCAAGCCAUCGGUGAUCGCGCAGCAGGUGUACAGCAUCAAGGACCUGUACCCUGGCCAGCCCCUGGAGGCGACAGUGCUCAGCGCAGACCCCGACAAGGGCCUGGUGGUCAGGGUGACCCCGAGCAUCAAGGCGAUCGUGCCCCCGCUGCAUGUCAGCGACGUGGGCAGCAAGAGGGCCAAGGACAAGUUCAAGGAGGGCCAGGCUGUCCAAGGCCGCGUGCUGUCCGUCGACCCGGACACCAAGCGCGUCACCCUCACGCUCAAGAAGACGCUGCUCUCCUCAAAGCUGGCCCCCCUCUCGGACCUGCGGCAGGCCGCGCCCGGCGUCAAGGCUCACGGCACCGUCACAGGCAUCAAGGACGGCUUCGGCCUUUUCAUCACGUUCUACAACGGCGUCUCAGGCGUCGUCCGCAAGCCGCGCCUGUCGCUGCUGCCCGGGCAGAAGAUGGACGCGCUUUACGAGGUUGGGCAGGUGCUGAGGGUGCAGGUGCUAACCUCGGACCAGAAUGCGCGGCGGAUAGACCUGCAGCUAGCGUCCAAGAAGGGCGCGGCGGCCGCCGAGGCGGAGGCUGAGGCGGCGGCCGCGGCUGCGGCGGCGGCGAAGGAGGGCGGGAAGAAGGGGAAGGAGGCGGCGGGCGGCGGCGGGCUGGCGCCGGGGGAUGUGGUGGAGGGGGGCGUGGUGAAGGCGGUUGAGGAGAAGGAGGGCGGCAAGGGCGUGGUGACCUUGGAGAUCACGGGCAAGGACGGCACCAAAGUGACCGCCCGCCUGCCCAAGGCCCACCUGUCCGACCACCCGGCAGCCGCUGAGAAGCUGUCUGAGCAGCUGCGCCCGGGGGUCGAGCUGGGGCCGCUGCUUGUGCUGCAGCAGGCGGCGGGGGAGGACAGGUGGCGGGAGGCCAAGGAGGGCGGCAAGAGGAAGAAGUCCAAGAAGGGCGGCGCGCCAGGCUGGCUGGUGACUCGCAAGGCGUCCCUGCUGGCGGCCGCGCCGCGGCUGCCGUCAUCGCUGGACGCGAUGACGCCGGGCACGGCACUGCCGGGUUACGUGGCCCACGUCACCAACGACGCCGUUUUCGUGCGGUUCCUCAACGGCGUCACCGGCAGGGCCGGCCUGCCUCAGCUGGCGGACACCUUUGUGACGGACCCCUCGCACCACUUUGCCGCCGGCCAGUCCGUGCGCACCAUCGUGUCGGAGGUUGACGCGGAGCGCGGCCGCUUCAGCCUGAGCCUGAAGCCGUCGGCGGUGGGGGCCGCGGAUGGGGAGCUGCUGGAGUCGCUCUUCAGCUUGUUUCUACCACAAGCACCGGAAAGCCAGGGAGAACAGCGGCGGAGCUGA